CACAAACCGGUUCAGCAAUCGUUUGAAUCAUUUCUCUACCAUCUGUGUUGCUAAUACUUUCAUUUAAUCUUUGCUGAUAUUUAUUAACUUGUCAAAAAAUAGUUCUCCAAUAAGAAACAAUUUAUAUCAGUUAUUCUAAUGAUUAGCAUCAAUCGACGAAGCCAGUCUUUCACAUGAAAAACGAAAAAUUUUAAUUUUCUCAUACAAUGGAGCUAGGACACACUAUUGAAGAUUCUAAGAGAAAUUAUCCAGAGCUUACGGAUGACAUGCUUAAAGAAUUACGAGAUUGGCUUGAAGAAAGGGGUGUGUCUCAAAUUCCCGAUGAGAAAAUAGCUAUGUUUGCUCACAGCUGCUAUUUUGACAUCCAGGCAGCUAAACGAUGUAUGGGUGUUUAUUUUCAUUUAAGAACAACUGUACCAGAAUUUUUUAGUAAUCGUGAUCCUCGUUUAGAUAGUCUCCAACAUUCAUUACAAGCUUUACAAUUUGUGGCCUUACCAAAACCAGAUAGAAAUGGAAAUCAUAUUAUUUUUCAUCGACUCAGUGACACUCGACCAAAUCAAUAUGUAUUUAAUAAUGGAAUAAAACUACUACAGAUGUCUGUUGAUGCAAAUCUUUAUACUGAAGGAUGCAGUCCAGGAUAUAUAUUUUUAUUUGAUAUGCAAGGUGUACGUCUAGGUCAUCUAACACGACUUUCAAUCAGCAGCAUCCGAAGAUUUUUUGAAUACAUCCAAGAUGGUCUUCCUGUAAGGUUGAAAGGUAUUCAUGUACUCAACGUUGUUUGGUUUAUGGACAAAGUUUUAGCACUCAUAAAACCCUUUAUGAAACGUGAGUUAUUUGACAUGCUCUAUCUACAUACUGGAGAUGUGUCGGAAAUUUAUGACUAUAUACCUCCUGAAUGUUUGCCUAAAGAUUUUGGUGGUGAAUUAGACUCACUGAGUAUUCUUCAUGAAAAACAUUGUCAAAAAUUAGAUAGCUUAAGAGAUUAUUUCUUAGAAGAGGAACGUUUAUUUCAUGGCUGGUGUUCAUCAAAAAAAAAGACCUGCUCAAAAACUGAAGAAACUGAAGAUGUAUCUAAAAAUAUAAUUUAUGACGGUUGAUGAAAAAAUAAGUAAGCAAUAAAACUUUUUAACAAAAUACUUAUGAGUAUACUAACGUUGUUCUAGUUUUAUGAAAAUAAAUUUUUU